AUGGUUUGCAUGAUCCAUAUUGUGGUUUUUUUGCUUUCAAUCACAACCGUCUUUGAAGUAUUCCCACUGAUUACCGUGCCCGUAACAAAACAUCUAUCGUUAUCAUCCUUCAAAAACCAUUACUACGGGCUAUUUGGAUGGUGUGUGCGUGGCAAAAAUCAGGAGCUGAUGUGCACGAGGAAGAAGAUAGGCUACGACAGCACGGAUGUCGAUUCUUCGGGCCAUGUCUUGUCACUGCCCUCCAACUCGAAAGUGGUUGUUUCAAAUUUAUUAGUGGUUCAUCCGAUCUCACUGGCAUUCACAAGCACGCUGCUGGUACUAACAGUGAUCAUUAUGGUAACGCCUUUGGGGGAUUCGCCUGAGAUGCUGUUGUUCACGGCUCUUUUUUCGCUGCCGACAUUUAUGCUAUGUCUUUUAUGCUUCUUGGUGGAUAUUCUUCUUUUUAUUUCCAAGUUAGACUGGCCUGGGUGGCUAAUGCUAGCUGCCACAAUCAGCGUGGCGCUUUGCUGUUCCAUGCUCUGGGUGAUGAGAAGAGUUGUGUCAGUCAAAAAAUAUGAAUCACAACAGUCAACUGCGCACGUGCGAUCAAUUGAACAGUACCCGAUAUCGGACAUUUGCUACAGUAAACAGGGUACUAAUAGCUCAGAAUUAGAGAGCACGCCGAUGCAUACAGAUAGCCUGCUGGCUCCAGAAGUCACAUAUAGAGGGUUUAUUGAUUAA